CAGAGGUCGGUUGGCAUUGGUAAAAACAAAUCAGGAAAGAAGAAGCCUGAUGGAAAGCACCGCUGAGGAAAAACAAAGACGUCUGUGCGUUUUUCUGUUGUCUCAGGAUGACCGUCACAUAUUCCAGUAAAGUGGCGAACGCCACCUUCUUCAGUUUCCACCGGCUGCUGCUGCGUUGGAGGGGAAGCAUCUACAAGCUGCUGUACCGAGAGUUCGUCGUGUUCGCUCUGCUCUACACCGUGCUCAGCGUCGUAUACAGGCUCGUCCUCUCCGAGCAACAGAAGAGAUUGUUUGAGAAACUUUCCAUAUACUGUGAUAAAUACGCAGAGCAGAUCCCCGUCACCUUCGUCCUGGGCUUUUAUGUGACUCUGGUGGUGAAUCGAUGGUGGAACCAGUUUGUUAACCUGCCCUGGCCGGACCGACUGAUGUUCCUCAUCUCCAGCUGUGUUCAGGGUAAAGAUGAAUAUGGCCGCCUGCUGCGCAGGACGCUAGUACGUUACGUUAACCUGACAUCGCUGCUCAUCUUCCGCUCCGUCAGCACCGCCGUCUGCAAACGCUUCCCGACCAUGGAGCACGUGGUCGAGGCAGGUUUUAUGACUCCAGAGGAGAGGAAGGUGUUUGAGAACAUCCGUUCUCCUCAUCUGAAGUACUGGAUUCCUGUUGUCUGGUUCUCCAACUUGGCGUCUAAAGCUCGACAGGAAGGGCGCAUCCAAGACAGCAUCGACCUGCAGAACAUUCUCAACGAGAUGAAUCUGUUCAGGACUUGGUGCGCGACUCUUUUCGGCUACGACUGGGUCGGCAUCCCGCUGGUUUACACGCAGGUCGUCACUCUUGCUGUUUACACCUUUUUCUUCGCUUGUCUGAUUGGUCGUCAGUUCCUCGACCCCGCCCAGGGUUACCAAGGACACGACCUCGACUUCUACGUCCCCGUCUUCACCCUGCUGCAGUUCUUCUUCUACUCCGGCUGGCUGAAGGUAGCGGAGCAGCUAAUCAACCCGUUCGGAGAGGACGAUGACGACUUUGAAGCUAACUGGAUCAUCGACAGGAACCUUCAGGUGUCUCUGCUGGCUGUAGAUGAGAUGCAUAUGAACCUGCCUCAUAUGACCAAAGACAUGUACUGGAACGACAGCGAGGCGCGGCCGCCCUACACGCUGGCUGCUGCCGACUACUGCAUCCCUUCAUUCCUCGGCUCCACCACCGACAUGGGACUCUCUGACAUCCUGCAGUUUGAUGAUGCUGACGUUAGCGACAGUCGUCCACGGCAACAGGACUCUGUUUUGGCUUGGCGACAAGAGUCGGUUCUGGGUCGAGUCCGCCGGCUGCUGAGUGUUCAGGAGCCUCCUGAGCUUCGACCUCCUCGACUCAUCUUCAAACGACACAGCAGUGACGCAACAGGAAGCUUCUUCCCAGACUUCAGGGUCCAUCCAAGUCCAGAUGACAUGGGUCCACCCUCCUCUUUGGUCAUGCCCCCCUCUGCCAUGGACACCCUGUCUACCUUAAGGGAGGUCAGCAGCAACCCUCCAUCCCCUGAAAGCUCACCCUCUGCUGUUUUCCCCCAGCUUGUCGUCAGCCCGCCAUUGUCCAGUGACGUCUGUCACAACAUGGAUUCUUCUGGCAAUGGUGAAGUGACAAAACCUCAGAAUGGACUGGAUCCCUCCCCCACAGAGGAAGCACCGGGCUUGGACACCCCGUGGACCGGCUCCAUCUGUUAUUCCCCCACCCAGCUGGGACCCAAGGCAUUCCGCUGGACGACACAAAACUUCCAGAAUUGCCCACCGACCCGGCCACGGGGGCGUCAGUUUUCCCUCCAGUUCUCCAGGCAGUCGUCGAAGGGGUCGGUCCGCAGCCUGCCGAGCCCCAAGGCUCUGGGAAGGCGGAGACGAGGCCUGGCUCGAUUCCAAUCCCGACGAUCACCUGGUCCACCUACCAACACUCUGCAGCUCCCUGACCCUGAGUACGACCACGACUUCCAGGGAAUGGCCGGGACUGAGGACGAUGACAAGGAAGGAACCAACAACAGCGAAGAGAGAGAAGAGAAGAGAGAGCGAAAAGACUCCCAAUCACAGAGCUUGGACAAAAAAUGAGAACCACUCACACAGUAACAUAAUACUGCCCAAUCAGACAGAGCCACUCUCCAAGCUGGUAACGACAUUACCCAACAAGAGAAGUCAUAACUUUCACUGAGAGGAAAGUUGACUUAAACCAACAAAUCCUUAGAAAGCUCCAGCCUGUUAUGGGAUGUUUUGAAGCCUGGAGUUACCGCUUGUUGCCUUGUCAAUGGAGACAAACCCUAAUCCUAACCCUAAAAUGGCACACUAAAGAACACAAAAGAUACAAAACAACAGAAGAACACAAGAAUCAACUUUUAAGCUAAAAAAAAUGGGCAACAUGGGCAAAGAUGGGAAGAGCAAGCAACAACCACCACGGCUGAGCGGGAUAGGCUGAAACACCUGCCAUUCAAGAAACAUGCCUUUUUGAUGCCUUAAUAUUUUCUGGAUAUGGAAUGGAAGAAUAACUCGCAUGCACAUUAGAAGAAGUGAAAUUAACUAUCAAGAGCUGAAGCUGUUAUUUCUAGAGAAAGGUUGGGGGUUUCCCCACUCACUUCUAUACAAUCAGCAUUUUCUUGAAUGUCAUCUGGUGGCCAUUAGAAGAACUGCAACACACUUCAACUGUGGUGACUGCUGGUGAGAUAAAGCACUCAGGAUUACUGACUGGACUUUAAAGGUUUCUAAAAGAAAAUCUUUUCUAGCACCAAAUCUUCUGUCUUGUCAUGUGAUAACAGUUAUGUUUGUCUGUUUUUGUAAAUGUAACUGAAGUAAUGAAUAUACAGUAUCUGUUGCUGCUGCUGAAGCUCCAAAAACUGUACUUUUUAAAAUAAAGCGUUGUGGCUGACUUGUCAGUGUGUCACCAAAAAUG